AUGUUAACUUUGGGACCUUGUGGGGAUGCCUUUAGACAUGUUGUGUCUGCAAUGCAAUAUCAAAAUUUUAACCCUGAAACUUUUGUCGACCCUUGUUACAUGAGAGAGGCUUACAAAAUCUGUUAUGAAAAUAAUGUUAGUCCAAUCAAUGGUAUGGACAUGUGGCAUGCUGUGGAUGUUGAGAACAUGUUUCCACAUCAGUAUAAGAAGGGUCCAAGUAGGCCUAAGAAAUUGAGGUUUAGAGAGCAAGAUGAAAGUGGGUCAAGGAUAAAGAGGCAUGGUGUAGCUUAUAGAUGCACAAAGUGUGACAAAUUUGGCCACAACUUAAGGAAGUGUCAGAGCAAAGAACAAGAUCCUAAUGCACUGAAGAGAAAGAAGAAAACACCAAGGACCAAAGCCUCUUCAUCUGCUGCUAAAAUUGAAGGAAAUACUGAGACAAAUGUUGGUGAAAGUGUCUCUGAAAUGAAAGAACCACAUGAUGACAACCUAUGA